CUUCGGAUUGCCGCUGCAGCUGGUAAGUGACAACGCGCAAGCUUUUGUAAGUGACGAGUUUACAAGAUUCAUGUCAGUAAAUGGAAUCAAACACUCAACCUCAGCUCCGUACCACCCUGCCACCAAUGGGCUGGCAGAACGCUUUGUGCAAACCCUAAAGCAAGGACUCCGGGCAGCAAAACGAGAUGAAGGGACUUUGCAAACAAAACUGGCCAAGUUCCUGCUCUCCUACCGAAACACCCCACAUGCCACGACAAAUGAAAGCCCAGCCGCACUGAUGUUCGGGAGGCCUCUCCGCACACGGCUGGACCUCAUGAAGCCUAACAGGCGUAAUGAAGUGCUGAACAAACAAGCCAAGAUGCUCUCCGGUGGCCGGGAGCGCCAUCUCCAAACAGGACAGGAAGUGAUGGUGCGAGACUACAGAAGAGGAGGGAAAUGGACAAGAGGGACCGUACAUACACAAACGGGACCCAGAACUUACCAGGUUCAAGUGAGCCCAGACAUAAUGUGGCGGCGUCACAUUAACCAAAUGCAUUCCACGGAAAACAGCACAACAAUCGAGAAAGAACAGGCACAGAGAGUUCCUGAGAAUGACACACAGGGAACUGUAGAGGACGGUGGAGUAGUAAAGAGACCCCAGGCUGAAAGAAGGGAACGUGUUGAUGAAGGUGCUGCUAUAGCAGAAGCUAUAAGGGAGCAAGCACACACUGAGGAUGUUCAGGAGCCUCCAGACAAUCCUAGGCGCUACCCAGAACGAAGGCACCGUCCACCAGACAGACUGGACUUAUAAACAAACAAACAAAAACUAACUGUUCAAGUUCAAAUUAAAAGAUGCAAAAUAACUACAACAAGUUCUGGGAAGUGUUUCAGUUGGGGGUUGGUAAAAGUAACUCUGAUUGUAUAAAAGAAGGAAUGUUAUGUUCUGUUAAUUACUGAUGUCCCCUUUAAGAAUGGAGCACCCUUGGUCAUGCGCAGUGUUGUUCGAUGUUAUUCUGGCUCUAACUGAUUCCAGUAAAAUGUGAAGCUCCAGUUCCAUUUAUUGUAUUCAGAGUCUUUCUUAUU